CACUGCUCUGCAUCUUUGCUCACACACCACGAAUUCGAACGUGGAAAGCUUCUUCCAACACAUAUCGCAUCUCCUCGAUCACCACACAUCACAAUGUCUUCUCAAUCCAACGUUGGUGACCGCCGCACAUACGAGGCUGGCGACCAGAGAAACUACAAGGACUCUGAGCUUCGCGAGGCCGACCGCUACAACGAGGGCAAGGAGAACUCGCACAAGCCAAACGACCCAAAGGAUGAGCGCUCCAUCGCCAACCGCCUAGCGAACGAGGAGAAGAAGGAGAAGGAGUCAGAGGGUGAGAAGGACCAGGAGACUCUGGAGAGCAAGAUUGAUUCAACGAAGCCAGCCAUCAACCACGGCAACGAGCCAUCAAAGGGCGCUAAGAUUGACCAAGAACUCAAGGAGGAAGAGGAGGCCGAGCUCAAGAAGAAGGGCAACUUCGGUCCAGCUGCUGCGAACUAGAUUGUUCACGGACCCACUUCCAACAGCACUUUACUACAAUUCAGCAUUGGCGUAAGGAAAUAGGGCAUUGGGCUGCCUUCUGCGCUCGACACCAGCGCUUUACGAUUAGAUGUGUAGAUGAUAGCUUCACUCGAGCAUGAGCAUAAGAAAUGCUUGCUGGCAUAUGACUUGCCCUCGAUGUAA